GAACGUGAACGAAUGAAAUGAAUGAAAUCGAAAUUAAACCCGUUGUUUUAUUCUAUACAUAUAUUAUUAUUUUUACUUUGUAAAAAAGAAAUGAAGCUCCGAUCUAUUUUGAUCACAGCGUUGUUGUUUUUACUCGAAUAUGGUGUUUUUAGUGUUGGCACUGAUGGACUGUCAGCAUUUGUGAUGGAUGAAGAUGCAGUCACUCUACACACUAAUGUUGAAACAAAACAACAAGAAGAUAUAAAAUGGUAUUUUGAUGACACUAGAAUAGCUCAAAUCAGUGGAGAUCUCAGUUAUAUCUGUACAGAUGUUAACUGUAUCAAAAGUACAGAGAGAUUCAGAGACAGACUGAAGCUGGAUCAUCAGACUGGAUCUCUGACCAUCAUGAACACCAGAGAACCAGACUCUGGAGAUUAUGAAUUAAAGAUCAUCAGCAUCAGAAAAAGCAGCGAAAAGACCUUCAGUGUUACUGUUUAUGAUGUUCCUGCUGCUGAACGAGAUGAAAUGAAGAGAAAGUCAGUGAAGGAGGGAGAAUCUGUUACUUUAGAUCCUGGUGUCAUGAAAACCCCAAAUUAUUUGAUGACGUGGUAUCUUAAUGGCAUUUGCAUCGCUGAAAUCUGUGAAGAACCCAGAAUGAUCUGUACAGAUGUUCAGUGUAAUAAUGGCACUGAUAGAUUCAGAGACAGACUGAAUCUGGAUCAUCAGACUGGAUCUCUGACCAUCAUGAACAUCAGAAACACAGACUCUGGACUUUAUAAACUACAGAUCAGCAGCAACAGAUUCACCAUCAAAAGGAGCUUCAGUGUUACUGUCUCUGUUUCAGGUCUGUCUGCAGGUGAAAUAGCAGGAAUUUGUGCUGCUAUCCUGCUUAUAGCUGCAUCUGUUUGUGGGUUUUAUUUUUACAAGCGUCGAGUAAAAAGAAAAGACACCAGGACGCAGCACAAUGAUCAGGUGAAUGGUGUUUAUAAUUUGUCUCCUGAUCAGAAUGAUGUUCCACUGAUGGAUGUUGCUCAUGAGAGGUCCUCUAAUCACACUAAUGCUCUAGUGAUGAACACUUCCAAUGACUCGUCCUCUAAUCACACUGAUGCUCUAGUGAUGAACACUUCCAAUGACUCGUCCUCUAAUCACAUUGAUGCUCUAGUGAUGAACACUUCCAAUGACUCGUCCUCUAAUCACAUUGAGAUUGAGCCUGCGGCUGCCAGUGAGAUCUAACAUUACUAAUUAUUUUGAUAUGUUCAUGUGAAGUGAAGAGAGGAUCGAGAACAGAUAAAUUUUCUUGUUUCCAAUCCUCUCUUCAUCAUAAGACAAGCUCUUGCUGCUCAGAGAAUAGUGUCAUCAUACCAAGACUUUUGGUGUCACUUCCAAUAUCAAGUGAAAU